AUGCAGGCUGCUGAGUUCUGCGUCUGUGUCAUCAAACCAGUCCCCUGUCGUUUCCUGAAUGCAUUCAUCCGGGUCGGCCCCGAUUACCAGGCCUUCCUUCCAGUGGCUGAUCCCACCUAUCCAGAGCAGUUCGUACAGGCGGCUGAUCGCGAGAUUCUCCUGUGGAGACCCAUCUCGGAAAAUCGGUUGCCCGAGUUGGAACAAUAUCUACAGUUGGCCACUACCUACCACAGGUAA